AUCCCGCCCCAGCCUGGUCGUGCGACCUAUCACCACACACCACCACCUCCCACCGAGCAACAUUGAGCUCCAUCCUCCGCUGGCCACCCGCUCGCUGUUGAAACUUAUAUUCUCCCCGAGCUUCCAUACUUCGCAUCGUCGCCUCAGCAGACAUCACAGUCUGGCCCGUCUUCGACACUGUCCUCCCAGCCAACAUCCAACAUGGCGGCGCGCCCCCCGCUCUUCACGCGCGGCCUCUCGGGGCUCUCGCAGAGCUCCGACCCGAACUCGCCCAUGAGCAGCGUGUCGUCGCCAGCCGAGCAGCGCGACGACGCCAAGCGCAACUUCCUGCGGACCAUGCGCCCGCUGCCGACGCAGCACUACUGGAACGUGUGGUUCGACCGGCAGCAGCCGCCACAGCAGACCGGCGCCACCAAGACGGACAACAGCGGCAGCAACAACAGCACGGGGGAGUACCAGGCGCACCUGGAGCAGGUGGGCGACCGCAUCGCGAGCGUGCAGGACUUCUGGCGGUACAACAACAACAUGCCGGUCGACCAGAUCAAGAUGCGCGAGAGCAUCUACCUGUUCAAGUCGGGCUUCAAGCCCGUCUGGGAGGACCGGCGCAACAUCCUGGGCGGCAGCUGGACCUUCCGCGUGCCCAAGAGCAUCGGGCCGGACGUGUGGACGCGCGUGCAGCUGCUGGCCAUCGGCGAGAAGCUGCAGAGCGCGCUCGAAGAAGGCGACCAAAUCUGCGGCGUCGGCCUCUCCGUGCGCUUCAACUCGCACCUCGUGUCCGUGUGGCACCGCGACGCGUCGCGCCGGGCUUCCAUCGACGGCCUGCUGCGGUGCGUGCUCGAGGAGCUGCCCCCCGAGCUGCGGCCCAAGCCGGACAACUACUUCUACAAGCGGCACGCCGACCACGCCGGCUUCCGCGCCCCGCCCGAGCUGCAGGCCGUCCUCGACUCGCAGCGCGCGCGCGAGGCAGCAGCGGCGGCCGCGGCGGCGGCCGCCAGGGAGGCCGAGGAGGCUAAGGAGACUGGUGUUAAGAAGACGGGGCAGCAAGAGAAGGAGAAGGAGAAGGAGACUGCUGCUGCUACUGGCGGUGCGGAAGAGGGGACAGAGCCUGGGGGUGGAGCGGUGGCUGCGUCUUCGGGUGGCGGGGAGUAAGUGUGCGUGAAGGCAGGGUAGAUGGGUACGAUGAUCAUGACGGCAUGAUAUGAGCGGCUAUGUUGUGCAAAAAUGGGUGUUAUGCUGAUUGCUUGAUUUACACGAUACGGUUCGCAAUGUAUUUGCAGUGUCGCAUAUAACAACAAAGACCCUUUGGGCCUGUCUCCCUCCACCAACCGAAAAGAAGGGUUCUUUCAGAUAUCCCCCGUCAUGACCGGCAUCGUCCUUCCUCCAU